AUGUCACCGUCAGACAGCGCAAAUCUGGUGGCUGUUGGUACUGUGUCAUCGUCAGACAGCACAAAUCUGGUGACUGUUGGUACUGUGUCACCGUCAGACAGUGCAAAUCUGGUGACUGUUGGUACUGUGUCACCGUCAAACAGUGCAAAUCUGGUGACUGUUGGUACAAUGUCACCGUCAGACAGCGCAAAUCUGGUGACUGUUGGUACUGUGUUAUCGUCAGACAGUGCAAAUCUGGUGACUGUUGGUACUGUGUCAUCGUCAGACAGCGCAAAUCUGGUGACUGUUGGUACUGUGUCACCGUCAGACAGUGCAAAUCUGGUGACUGUUGGUACUGUGUCAUCGUCAGACGGUGCAAAUCUGGUGACUGUUGGUACUGUGUCAUCGUCAGACAGCGCAAAUCUGGUGACUGUUGGUACUGUGUCACCGUCAGACAGCGCAAAUCUGGUGACUGUUGGUACUGUGUCACCGUCAAACAGCGCAAAUCUGGUGACUGUUGGUACACUGUCACCGUCAGACAGUGCAAAUCUGGUGGCUGUUGGUACUGUGUCACCGUCAAACAGCGCAAAUCUGGUGACUGUUGGUACUGUGUCACCGUCAGACAGCGCAAAUCAGGUGACUGUUGGUACUGUGUCACCGUCAGACAGCGCAAAUCUGGUGACUGUUGGUACUGUGUCACCGUCAAACAGUGCAAAUCUGGUGACUGUUGGUACUGUGUCACCGUCAGACAGUGCAAAUCUGGUGGCUAUUGGUACUGUGUCACCGUCAAACAGCGCAAAUCUGGUGACUGUUGGUACUGUGUCACCGUCAGACAGCGCAAAUCAGGUGACUGUUGGUACAAUGUCACCGUCAGACAGCGCAAAUCUGGUGGCUGUUGGUACUGUGUCACCGUUAGACAGCGCAAAUCUGGUGACUGUUGGUACUGUGUCACCGUCAAACAGCGCAAAUCAGGUGACUGUUGGUACUGUGUCACCGUCAGACAGCGCAAAUCUGGUGACUGUUGGUACAAUGUCACCGUCAGACAGCGCAAAUCUGGUGGCUGUUGGUACUGUGUCACCGUCAAACAGCGCAAAUCUGGUGACUGUUGGUACAAUGUCACCGUCAGACAGCGCAAUUCUGGUGACUGUUGGUACUGUAUCAUCGUCAGACAGCGCAAAUCUGGUGAGUAUUGGUACUGUGUCACCGUCAGACAGCGCAAAUCUGGUGACUGAUGGUACUGUGUCACCGUCAAACAGUGCAAAUCUGGUGACUGAUGGUACUGUGUCACCGUCAAACAGUGCAAAUCUGGUGACUGUUGGUACUGUGUCACCGUCAAACAGUGCAAAUCUGGUGGCUGUUGGUACUGUGUCACCGUCAGACAGUGCAAAUCUGGUGGCUGUUGGUACUGUGUUACCGUCAGACAGUGCAAAUCUGGUGGCUGUUGGUACUGUGUCACCGUCAGACAGUGCAAAUCUGGUGACUGUUGGUACUGUGUCACCGUCAGACAGCGCAAAUCUGGUGGCUAUUUGUACUGUGUCAUCGUCAGACAGCGCAAAUCUGGUGACUGUUGGUACUGUGUCACCGUCAAACAGCGCAAAUCUGGUGACUGUUGGUACUGUGUCACCGUCAAACAGCGCAAAUCUGGUGACUGUUGGUACAAUGUCACCGUCAGACAGUGCAAAUCUGGUGGCUGUUGGUACUGUGUCACCGUCAAACAGCGCAAAUCUGGUGACUGUUGGUACUGUGUCACCGUCAGACAGCGCAAAUCUGGUGGCUAUUGGUACUGUGUCAUCGUCAGACAGCGCAAAUCUGGUGACUGUUGGUACUGUGUCACCGUCAGACAGCGCAAAUCUGGUGACUGUUGGUACUGUGUCACCGUCAAACAGCGCAAAUCUGGUGACUGUUGGUACAAUGUCACCGUCAGACAGUACAAAUCUGGUGACUGUUGGUACAAUGUCACCAUCAGACAGUGCAAAUCUGGUGACUGUUGGUACUGUGUCACCGUCAUACAGUGCAAAUCUGGUGGCUAUUGGUACUGUGUCACCGUCAUACAGUGCAAAUCUGGUGGCUAUUGGUACUGUGUCACCGUCAUACAGUGCAAAUCUGGUGGCUAUUGGUACAAUGUCACCGUCAGACAGUGCAAAUCUGGUGGCUAUUGGUACUGUGUCACCGUCAGACAGUGCAAAUCUGGUGACUGUUGGUACUGUGUCACCGUCAGACAGUACAAAUCUGGUGACUGUUGGUACAAUGUCACCAUCAGACAGCACAAAUCUGGUGACUGUUGGUACAAUGUCACCAUCAGACAGCACAUAUCUGGUGACUGUUGGUACUGUGUCAUCGUCAGACAGCGCAAAUCUGGUGACUGUUGGUACAAUGUCACCGUCAGACAGCGCAAAUCUGGUGACUGUUGGUACUGUGUCAUCGUCAGACAGCGCAAAUCUGGUGACUGUUGGUACAAUGUCACCAUCAGACAGCACAUAUCUGGUGACUGUUGGUACUGUGUCAUCGUCAGACAGCGCAAAUCUGGUGACUGUUGGUACAAUGUCACCGUCAGACAGCGCAAAUCUGGUGACUGUUGGUACAAUGUCACCGUCAGACAGCGCAAAUCUGGUGACUGUUGGUACUGUGUCAUCGUCAGACAGCGUUAAGUUGAUUGGCGACUGUCGGAACUAA